AUUGGCGCCCAUCUCAUAUAACUUUAAAAAGUGGCUCACCAUGCGGUUCAACCUUAUAUUCCUUGGACUUCACUUCAUUAUCGGGAAGCUUUACACGAACUCAUUACUCGCUUCUCUAAACACGCGAAAAGAGUUGCGGAAGAUGGGGCCUCGAAUCAGUCCAUGGAGCGACAUGUCGUUGCCAAUGCUAUCUUUCUAUGAUCUCCCGGCCCCAGUGCCUCCCCGGAAUCAUCUCUUGAACCCCCAAGUUGAGGUGUCAUAUACCAGUAAUAACAGGUCCUCAAUGUACAAGUCCAGAACGCUGCCUCUCGAAGUGAAUGUUCGCCAGGUAGUCGAGAGGACUUCCGAAGAUCUGGUGCGCGAUGACGAUUUGAUGAUAUUGCCGCGCCGUGCACCUACGGUUCUCAGGUGGCAGCAGAGGCGCCGUCCUUCCGACUUGUGACUUCAAUGUGCCAAUACAUGCCUCACCACUUGCGUUAAAUUCCCGAUACAUACACUAGCAUAUCCUAAGUAAUACCGGGCCUCGGGCUCCUCUUGUCUUUAUCUACACAGAUACAUGGAA